CCCCAGAGCCCACCACCUCUCUCUCUUUAAUCUCUUCAUCAUAUACACACACAUAUAAAAAACACACUCACUCAAACACAAAUUAAAACCUCUCCAUUGCUAACUAAUUUUAGUUAUCAGUGCACAUAUAAUCAAAUGGUGAAGAAGGUGCUGCCAAAGGGUUGCAUGGCCAUCAGGGUUGGUAACAAAGAAGACCAACAGCAACGCUUUGUUGUGCCAGUGAAGUACUUGAACCAUCCUUUGUUUGCCAACCUUCUGAAGGAGGCUGAAGAUGAGUAUGGCUUCCAACAUAAUGGAGCCAUCACCAUCCCCUGCCACGUCGAUGACUUCCGUAACGUCCGCCGUCUCAUUGACCGUGAAAACUCCUCCGCCGCCUCUGCCACCCACCACCACCACCACCACCAUCAUCACCAUCACCAUCAUCAUCAUCAUCUUCCACUCGCUGGAUGUUUCAGAGCUUGAUGGAGUAUUAACUGAUUAAUCCACCAUGCAUGCAACCCUAGCUAUAUAUCAUGUUCUUCAGGAGAACUAUAUAUAUAUGUUUUUGUGUAUUUUCAUGCAUGCUCAUGUUACUAGUGUGUGUGCUUUUUUCUUUUUUUCUUUUUUCCUUUUUUAGAUAAUAUAUAUAUGUAUAUUAUAUGAUGAACCGAAGGUUUGCUUACUCUUUAUAUAUAUG